UUUUACGACAGCGGCUGCAUGUGGACGGCAGCCGGUUACUAUAAUAUCCCUCCAGCAUCAUGGCAGCGGCGGCGGAUUGUCCCGGCACUGAUGCGGCUUUCCCGGAGACCCGGGGCAGUUCGGCGACGGCAGGUGGCAGCGGGGUCCCGGGAGCUGCUGCCGGGGACAAACCCGUGUGUCUCAUCGUGCUCGGCAUGGCGGGCUCCGGGAAAACCACCUUCGUCCAGAGGCUGACGGCUCACCUGCAUUCCCUCAAAGCUCCUCCAUAUGUCAUCAACCUGGACCCCGCCGUCCACGAGGUCCCUUUCCCUGCAAACAUCGACAUCAGGGACACGGUGAACUACAAGGAGGUGAUGAAGCAGUACGGCCUCGGACCCAACGGCGGCAUCGUGACGUCACUCAACUUGUUCGCCACCCGUUUUGAUCAGGUGAUGCAGUUCAUCGAGAAGAAGCGACAGAAUCACCGGUACGUCCUGAUUGACACUCCAGGUCAGAUCGAAGUCUUCACCUGGUCGGCGUCUGGAACCAUCAUCACUGAAGCUCUGGCGUCAUCCUUCCCCUGUGUGGUGAUCUACGUCAUGGACACGUCCCGCAGCGUCAACCCCGUCACCUUCAUGUCCAACAUGCUGUACGCCUGCAGUAUCCUCUACAAGACGAAGCUGCCCUUCAUCGUGGUCAUGAACAAGACCGACAUCAUUGACCACAGCUUUGCGGUGGAGUGGAUGCAGGACUUUGAGGCUUUCCAGGACGCUUUGAACCAGGAAACCUCGUACGUGAGCAACCUGACGCGCUCCAUGAGCCUCGUGCUGGACGAGUUCUACACCAACCUGAGGGUGGUGGGCGUGUCUGCGGUGACAGGAAGUGGAUUAGACGAGCUGUUUAUGCAGGUGGAGGACGCGGCCAAGGAGUACGAGAGGGACUACCGACCCGAGUACGAACGACUCCGCAAAGAGCUGACCGACGCUCAGAGCAAGAAGCAGCAGGAGCAGCUCGAGCGGCUCCGGAAGGACCUGGGAGCCGUCGACAUGAGGAACACGCCAUCCACAGCAGAUGAAGCCGACAUCGCCGGGCCCAGUGACCUCAUUAUGACACGCGGUAAUCCUGACGAGGAGGCGGUGGACAGCGACACAGACGACAUCGACCACGCCGUGACGGAGGAGAGCAAGGAGACCGAAGCCUUCGGAAACUUCCUGAAGGAGAGGAUGGAAGUGGUUCAGGUCCGAAACAGGAAGUGUAUGAUGCCCGAGGAUCCCUGACCUCAGAGGUUUCCCUCUGCAGGACACAGACUCAGACUAUUACCUGGAGCAGAUCUUCCACUGCUGACGCACCUCGUCACAGGUUCAGACACGACGAAGCGAGGGCUGAACUUCCUGUAUGAUCAGGUGACCUGAUUGGCUGCUCCUUCCCAAAAUGAGAGAGAGAACUAUAUUUUUAUAUCUUCUGUUCCAUUACUAUUGGCUUUGUUUGUGAAAGUACUGAAAGGAUUUAUGGCAUGUAAAAUAAAAUGAGCUCUGAUAUCAGAA